GUUGAAGAGGUGGGUGGCGGGAGUCUGUCAUGUGUCAGGGCCGGAGAAUGACUUGAGAAGGUGUUGGGUUACAUUGUUUCAAGAGAGGAUACAAGUAACGUUAACAGUUCCCCAACAUUGGAGGAACAGAAGGCGUCUUGAAUAACUGAUGGAGAUGGCUGAAAGAGCGGAGACGGAGUACACAGAAUCUGACACAUUUUGGGAUUCACCCAGGAGAGGAAAAAUAAAAAAUAAAUCAAAGAAAGACAAAUGUCUAAAAAAGGACAAAACCCACAGGACAGAGUUGAAAGAGGCUGGUAUUGAAGAGAAAAAGAAAACCAAAAAGUCCAAAGGUAAUAGGAAGAAGAAAAAGAAGGGAAAAGUAGCCCUGGGAUUACAAGAUAGCUAUUUUCUUUUUGAGGGAAACAGUGCACCAAACUCUCCAAUAAAGCCAAUUAAGUCUAGGGGAAAGUCCACUGUAAAAUUUGCUGUAAAACAUUACAUUCAGAAACAGGAACCUGUGCCGGUGGUUAGUGACUCAGUGAAGGUACCCAAGAAGAAGACCCAGAGAAAAAAGAAAGUUGCAUUUGAUUUAUUCCCUGAUUACAUACAAGCAAAACAGCCAGAAGUAGUCAAGUGUUGCACCUCAACAACCAAAGGCACUUUUCCCUGGGAAAGCCCCAAGAGUGACAAUGAGAUCAACUUUUCUGGGACUUAUCAGUGGGGAGAGGGGCAAGAAAAUGGGACAGAGUAUGGGAAGGGACAAACCAACUCUCAAAGUACUGCUGAAGAUGCCAACAGUGAGGACCUGUUCAUAACUCAGAAGAAAUUCAGAGUACUAACAUCUUCAGAUCACUCCAGCAGUGGAGGCACUGGUGAAGCCAACACCAUAAAAUUGGCCAGGCAUACCAAGUCACUCAUAGAGCCAAAAGAGGAGCCACUGCUCUGGAAGUCAACAUCUGAGACAGCCACUCAAACAGAGAACUUCUUUACCUCAGAGAUCUCCACAUUCCUCAGGUUUCACCAGUCGUGUGGAGCUGCCGAGUGCUCAGAGCAACCUACUGACCUGAGUCUCCCUAACAGGAUGAGGGCAGAGAUGGGCAUACAUCCCCCAUCAUCUCAAAGAAAGGCUAAUGAAGAGGAAACCAGCCCCCCACUUGGCCAGAAGUCAGACACAACGUCAAGUGAGGAGAAUGACCCAUUCUGGCGGUGCAAGAGUCAAGUUAAGGCAGUUCAGAUGAGACUGAAUGAAUCUUUCUUCUUUAAGAUGAAGGGCGAUGGACAGUCCCCAAGACCACAAUCUCCCUUGAUGAAACUUACACAGGCCCGUGGUGGGAAGAAAACAAAAAAGUAACAAGUGAAGUUCAAACCCGAACUUCCCCUCAAGAACUAAAGGUUGAAAAAAAAAAAAGAGUCAAAAACAAUACAAUUUUAUUAGUGAUAGUCAUUCACAAGGAUACAUUUGCUUUGUGGUGUUCUUUGUCCCAGGUUUCCAAAAUAGGUUCAUUUUAUAUGUUUUCCAAGUUGAAUUAAAAACACAUUCAAUAAAAAAAAAUUAUUAAUGCACAUUUUAUGGAAGAAAUUGCAAGUCAC